CAUGACCUCCAACAUGAGUGUGUCUGGGAAACAGGACUUAAAGAAAGACGAGAGAAUGAUGGAGGGAAAGAGAUCAGACUCACCAGAACCCAGCUGUGUGUCCAUGAAGAGUGACGAGUCAAUGGGACGUCCAAUUUUCUUCAGAGACGGAGACAGUCCUACUGAUGUGAGACCACAAAAAUCAAACAUCAGCAGAAAACAGCUGGACUCUAUAUUCAAGGAGCUGGAACACAAAGUCAUCACUCUGAUAAAGAAUGAGCUGAAGAGGUUUAGGAAGCUCCUGAGUCCAGAUUACCCAGCAUGCACUGAGAGGGAGGUUGAGGAUGAGGAGGAUCUGCACAGUGUCAGAGACGGAGCGCUGAAGAUCACAAUGCACGUCCUGAAGAACAUGAACCACACAGAUCUCGCUAACACACUGCACAACAAACUCACCCCUGUGUGUCAGACAAAGUUGAAGUCCAAUCUGAGGAAGAAGUUUAAAAGAAUUAAUGAAGGAAUCUCACAGCAUGGAAGCUCAGCACUUCUGAAUGAGAUCUACACUGAGCUCUACAUCACAGAGGGUUGGAGUGGAGACGUCAAUAAUGAACAUGAGAUGAGACAGAUUGAGGCAGCGUCCAGGAGACCAGCAACACAGGAGACACCCAUCAAAUGUAAUGAGCUCUUUAAAGACAAGUCCAUCAGAACUGUGUUGACUAAAGGAGUUGCUGGAAUUGGAAAAACUGUCUCUGUGCAGAAGUUCAUCCUGGACUGGGCUGAAGGAGAAGUAAAUCAGGACGUCACCUUCAUGUUUCCACUUCCCUUUAGAGAGCUGAAUCUGAUGAAGAAGCAAAAUCUCAGUCUCAUGAAACUUCUUCAUUACUUUUUCCCAGAAAUAAGAAAACUAGAAUCAAUAGACUGUGACUCCUACAAAGUGGUGUUGAUCUUUGAUGGUCUGGAUGAGUGUCGACUUCCUCUAAAUUUCCAGAAGAAUGAGAGAUUGUGUGAUGUGACAGCGUCAGCCUCAGUGGAUGUGCUGCUGACGAACCUCAUUAAGGGGAAUCUGCUUCCCUCUGCUCUCCUCUGGAUAACCACAAGACCAGGAGCAGCCAAUCAGAUCCCUCCUGAGUGUGUAGACCAGGUAACAGAGGUACGAGGCUUCAGUGAUCAUCAGAAAGAGGAGUACUUCAGGAAGAGGAUCAGUGAUCAGAGCCUGGCCGAUAACAUCAUCACUCACCUGAAGUCUUCAAGAAGCCUCUACAUCAUGUGUCACAUCCCAGUCUUCUGCUGGAUCUCAGCCACUGUUCUAGAGAGAAUGUUGGGUGGAGCAGAGGGUGGAGAGAUCCCCAAGACUCUGACUCAAAUGUACAUACACUUCCUGAUCUUUCAGAUCAAACACAAGGACCAAAAGUACCAUCAGAAAUGUGACCCUGAUCCUCAGCAGACCAGAGAGAGUAUCAUGGAACUGGGAAAACUGGCUUUCCAUCAGCUGGAGAAAGGAAACCUGAUCUUCUAUGAGGAAGAUCUAAGAGACUGUGGCAUUGAUGUCAGAGAAGUGUCAGUGUACUCAGGAGUGUGUACCCAGAUCUUCAGAGAGGAGUUUGGGCUUCACCUUGGGAAGGUGUUCAGCUUCGUACAUCUGAGUGUUCAGGAGUUUCUGGCUGCUUUAUACAGGUUUCUCUCCUUUAUUAGCAGAAAUGUAACAGAACAUCAAACCUCUGAUAUGUCUGAUCUCUUCAGGAAGUCAAACAUGUCUGAUCUCCUCAGGAGUGCAGUGGACAAGGCCUUACAGAGUGAGAAUGGACACCUGGACCUGUUCCUCCGCUUCCUUCUGGGUCUCUCACUGGAGACCAAUCAAACUCUUUUACGAGACUUAAUGCCACAGACAGGAAGCAGAUCUCACAGCAAACAGGAAACAGUGGAGUACAUCAAGGAGAAGAUCAGGGAGAAUCCAUCUCCCGAGAAAUCCAUCAAUCUGUUCCACUGUCUGAAUGAACUGAAUGAUCAUUCUCUAGUGCAGGAAGUACAAACUUACCUGAACAGAGGAGGUUACAGUCGUCUCAGAGGAACCAGACUCUCUCCUGCUCAGUGGUCAGCUCUGGUGUUUGUGUUACUGAACUCAGAACAGGAGCUGGAUGUGUUUGAUUUGAGUAAAUAUGAUCCAUCACAUGAAUGUCUUCUGAAGCUGCUGCCAGUGGUCAAAGCCUCCAGAAAAGCUGAGCUGUGGAAGUGUAAUCUGACAGAGGAAAGCUGUAGAGUUCUGUCCUCAGUUCUCAGCUCAAACUCCUCCAGUCUGAGAGAACUGAACCUGAGUGUCAAUAAACUGCAGGAUUCAGGAGUGAAGCUGCUCUCUGAUGGGCUGAAGAAUCCACAAUGUACACUGGAGAUACUGAGUCUGUAUGGGUGUGAUCUGACAGAGGAAAGCUGUAGAGUUCUGUCCUCAGUUCUCAGCUCAAACUCCUCCAGUCUGAGAGAACUGAACCUGAGUCACAAUAAACUGCAGGAUUCAGGAUUGAAGCUGCUCUCUGAUGGACUGAAGGAUCCACACUGUACACUGGAGAUACUGAGGAUGGAGGGCUGCAGUAUUACAGAUGAAGGUUGUGCUGCUCUGGCUUCAGCUCUGAGGUCAAACUCCUCAUCACACCUGAGAGAACUGAAUCUGAACUAUAAUAAUCCAGGAAAAUCAGGAGUGAAGCUGCUCUCUGAUCUACUGAAGGAUCCACACUGUAAACUGGAGACACUACGCAUUAAGGAUAAGACACUCACCAGGUCUGGUGUAUGACAGGAGUCUCUCCUCAGACCUUU